GCAGUACCACGAGUGUUGCAAAAAUAUAGCGACUGGGGUCGGAUACUCAAUGUCACGGAGUUUUACAAGCGAACAGACAGACAAUAGCCACUUUUGCAUCACCAAUGUGGUUAUAUUUGGAUACAUAUAGGAUAAUUUUCGAUAAGGCCAUGGCCUCUUGAAGAGGUCCCCCGACCUUCCUCCCAGCCUCCUCUGUAGUAACAGGUCAGCUGAAUACCAUGUCUACCCAGAUCUGUCGAGUGGCAGAGUUGAUGCGCUCUGCUUGCUGCCAGAGCAUCAGAAGUAGUUCCUGUUUGCACAAAGCAGUGUUGACCCCUGUGGGUUAUUCCGGCCCGCGUGUCCCUGGGGCUCCUAUGCUUCAUAGAAGGGCCUACAGCCUGGACUCUCUCUCUUCGGGUCCUGGCCGACCCACACUUGGGCCAAGCUCCCAGCAGCCUCAUGCAGAGAGGACAGCCAGCUCCUCAGCGCUUGCACACAGGAACCUGUCUGCUGUGGCUGUACAGGACCAACGUCGUCCUCCGUGCCGGUAUGACUUCCUGGAACUUGGGGAGGUAGAGGAGAAUAAACGUCGUGCUCUGGCCUGUAAAAAAAUUCGACACUUCAUCGUGGACCCAGACCUGGCUGAAUUGGUGACGCAGCAUCUACGUCCUGAGGAUACUAAAAGUCUUAUUUUUGAAUGUAACCCAGGUCCUGGGGUGUUGACAAAAACACUGCUAAAUGCUGGCGCUCAGAGAGUUGUGGCUCUUGAAGGGGAUAGGCUAUUCCUAAAUGAUCUGCAGGAGUUGGAAGGUCGCCUUGACGGUCAGCUGGAGGUAGUUCUCUGUGACUUUUUCAAACUAGACCCCAUUGGCAAUGGACACCUUAAACCCCCGGUGAUGUUAACUGACAAACUGUUUACUGACCUGGGAAUAUCAGAAGCCAGCUGGACUGAUGACGUCCCAGUGAAGGUAGUGGGCAUCCUGCCUCUGCGUAAUGAGCGCGGCAUGCUGCUGAAGAUGGUUUACGCUUUGUUUGAGCGGCUGUCUGUCUACAGAUACGGAAGAGUAGAGCUCAACCUCUUCAUCAGCGAGAAGGAAUACCUGAAACUGGUAUCCUGUCCAGGUGAAAUGAUGCACUACAGAGCCUUCAGUGUCCUCUGGCAGAUGGCCUGUGAUAUCGAACUAAUACACAAGGAGCCCUGGGAGUCAUUUGUGAGAUCUUCAAAAAGCAGAGUACACAGCACCAGGGGCAGGCUUACCAAUGACCACUUAUGUCUGGUCCGUCUGCGUCCGCGGGCUGAUCUGUUCUCUGCGGGCCUCACGCCUUCGAAUGCUGCAACUCUGCUGAUGAUGAUCAAACAGUGUCUGGCCAAGAGGAAGGUCAAGCUCAUUGACAGGCUCAACCUGUGGUCUCCAGAUAGUGGAGGUAAGCUGUUAUCGGAGUUGGGCAUGCCGGAGGGCAUCCUGACGGGCAACGUAUAUCCAGAGGAGUAUCUUCGACUGUUCCAGCUGAUGGACAAGAGUCAGGAGUUCAAACAGAGCUGGCUUUAUGAAGAGAUCCUGGAGAACACACAGAGGGAGGGUUGGGGCUAAUUAUAUACACACAGGUAUUUUAGUUAUAGUUGUAUACAAGUUGAAUACACAAGUUAAAAUGUAUGUGUAUGAUUUAGUGAUAAUGUAAUAUGACAAAGAAUAACUGUAAUGUAAUAAAAUGCUGAUACAGAUUAUACAUGCAUACAUACAAGUAGUAAUACGUUAAAUGUUCCAUGAAAUGGAUGCAGCAGGCCUCUGCAGUGAAAUAAUUCAAACACAUGAUGCAGAAUAAAGGUCUGCAUGGUCAAAUAGGCUGGAGGAAAAAUAAGCCUCAUGGUUGCACCAGGUCAUGCUGAUAUUUUAAAUCAGCAAUGUGCAUAUUAUCGAAUGAAUAAUCCAAUGGCAGUUUUGCUGAUGCCGUAAAGUGUGACAGGAGUGUCACAACAAAGCCUUGCUUGUACCUUGUUUUGCAUAAAUGUACACCUGGAGUAGCAGUACAGAGAGAAGGUGGAAGGAAGUUGUUUAUUUAUAUUCGUUCUGUGUGUCUAUUAUUUCAAUGUCUGAAAUGUUAUGUGAUGUGUAAGCUGCGUGAUUUGUAAGAAAAACAUUAAAUCUGAAUUUCCAUA